AUUCUCCUCUACUCCCAUCCAUUUGUUUACCACCAACUCUUCCUCCUGUUUUCUUUUUCUUUCCUCUCUUUUUCCUCUUCUCAAACACUCCCUUCAAAUGGCUCAGAUAGAUAGAUAGCUUCUUUCAUCUCCACAGUUCAUUUUCUUGGAUUUUUGUUUCCAGGGUUUAUCCUAAGUUUUGAGGGAAUAUACAAUAAAGUCUCAGUGGGGUUUCAGGCCCCUUCAAUGGAACAAAGUAAUAAAUGUUUGAGCUUUGAGCCAUUAGAAAACAGGGAAACUAUGAGAACAUCAGGUUGUGAUGGAAAGAAUGGGGUUUGGGGUGUUGAAGAAAAGGGACUGACUUUGAACUUGGAUGGUGAAGAAGAUGAAAGUAAUAAGAACUCCAGUGCCGUUUCUGGUUGCAAAAGUGGAAACACUAAACUUUGUUCUAGAGGCCAUUGGAUACCAGCUGAAGAUGCUAAGCUAAUGGAGCUUGUAACUUACUAUGGUCCUCAAAAUUGGAACUUGAUAGCUGAACAUCUUGAAGGAAGAUCAGGGAAGAGUUGUAGAUUAAGAUGGUUCAACCAGCUUGAUCCAAGAAUUAACAAGAGGAAUUUUACGGAGGAAGAAGAGGAAAUGCUGUUAGUUGCACAUAGGCUGCAUGGUAACAAAUGGGCGAGGAUUGCUAGGCUUUUCGAUGGUAGAACCGAUAAUGCAUUGAAGAACCAUUGGCAUGUGAUCACGGCUAGGAAACAUAGAGAGAAAUCAGGCGUUUAUAAAAGGAAAAAGCCUUCUUCUUAUGCCUCUCGAGCCCUCCCUAAAGGCUUGGGUUUGACGAUUGUAAACAGUGCUUGCAGCGCCAGUGAUCAAUCAACCAUUUCUAGCAAUAUUGAUCAAUCAGCUAAAGUUUCCUCACCAGUUCACCAAAUGGACGUGUCCAGAAGAUGUUCAUUGUUUGAGAAUGUUGCGACCAGGGGAAUUGGCUACGUGGUAUACCAACAAGGGUUGAUGGAAGCGGUUAUGAGUGUGAACCGAUCUGCUACCUCAUUGGAUUCGAACUCGGAAGUAUCAGCAGCUGAGUCGGUGGGCACAAAUUGGACCAGCCAUUUCAUUUCUGGUGAAAGUUGUGGAAAUGGAAAUGAAAAGAUACCCUUCAUUGAUUUCCUUGGUGUUGGAAGAGCUUCUUAAAGACUAGCGGAGGUUUUUUGCUUUUGGUAAUUAGAACUAAAGAGAUCCAGCUGAAAACACAAGGGAAAUAAAAGAAAAAAGAGCAACAUUAGUUUGCUGAAAACUUCGUUAUUUAGAUUCAAAUUUGUGUAAGAUAUGAGUACAUUUUAAAGUUAUUUUGUCUUUAGAAGAUUUUUUAAGAUGAAAGUAUUGAGUUUGCCA